CGAUUUUAUUCAACAUUCUUGCUCUACUCGAAUUGGUAUUUAAAUUUAUUUGUUCAACAAUAAUUGGAUGUGUACUAGUAUAUACACAUAUUAUUAUUUUUUAUGUAUAUUUUAACACCUUAAAUAAAUAUAAUCGGUUAACAUUAACAUGUAUAGCAAAUGGUACUGUUUACAAUAUAUUUUUUUUCUUUUUUUAUGCUAAUUUUUUUUAUAGCUCAUAACCUCCAAUAUUAAUGUCAAUAAUCGACAAACUCGUUGACAUGUAAACCUAUCGAAUACUACUCAAAUCAAAGUUAGACGGGAUUGAAAUCAAUUAAUCAAAAGUCCUGUAAUUUUAACAACUCAACGUUCAUGUUAUUGGGUUUAGAUAGCUUUUACGGCAAAUUAAGAUUCAACAAAAACAAAUUGUGUACGUGCAUGAGAAAAUUUUAUAUUCAAAUAAUUCUAUCAAAAACAUUUAAGAAGAAAUUCAUUUUGAGAAUUCUUUUCCCACAUUUUUUAUUUAUUUAGAAUAAAACAUUUCUUUCAUAUAGUUACAUUUUAAUUCAAUGGAAUAUAUGGGUGUGUACUAUUAAUAAGAAAAGAACUUUGUCAAAAUAUAGAUGUCAAUAUUAAUUUUUUGUAGAAACAUUUCCUGAACAAAUUGAUUGUGGUGAACAAUUGAUUAUAAUAAUGUCAAUUCUUUUACCUUUUUGUAUUAUAUUUUCUUUACUUAUUUGUUGGAUAAUAAAACCUUAUCCACAUCAAGCAUCAAAUGUUAUUGAAUUUCAAUGUAGACAAGAAAAAAAUAUUGAAAUUUUGGAUGAUUAA